AUGAAUGAGCCCAGAGACAGGAGGUCCAACCCCUCCCAUCUGAGAGAGCUGGACCUGAGUGAGAACAAUGAGCUGCAGAAUUCAGGAGUGAAGCAUCUGUGUGUUCUUCUGGAGAAUCCACGAUGUCGAUUUGAAACUCUGAGACUGAGUCACUGUGACCUGUCAGAGAGAAGCUGUGAAGCUCUGUCCUCAGGUCUCAGCUCUCAGACCUCUAAUCUGAGAGAGCUGGACCUGAGUAACAAUAACCUGAAGGAUUCAGGCGUGAAGCUUCUGUCUGAAGGACUGAAGACUCCACACUGUACACUGGAAACUCUCAGUCUGUCAGGCUGUCUGAUCACAGAGGAAGGCUGUACUUCUCUGGCCUCAGCUCAAUGA